CAUUGAAAAAAAUUGACUCCGAAACUGAUACUCAGUUACUCACACAAUAGUCUGGAGUCUGGAGUCUGGAGUAUUUUAGGCAAUUUCUCUAGUUUAUGUACUACUCCGUAUAUCUGAAGGAUUGAUUAGCUACGGCAAAGUGUACCUAAAGAUGGAAGACGGAAAUGGAGCUCAGAUAUAUCAUGAAAGACAGAGGUUACAAUUCUGCCUCUUACACUCCCUCAAUAAUCUAUUUCAGAGGCAAGCAUUUACCAGAGCUGAUUUGGAUUCCAUUUCCGAAAGACUGGAUAUUGAUGAUCCAAACAAGGGAAAAUGGUCACCAACGUCUGUGGUUUUUAAGUCUCAUCAUAACGUUAUCACAGGGAAUUAUGACAUAAACGUUUUGAUCGCUGCACUUGAAGGAAAAGGGAAGGGUGUAGUUUGGCAUGACCGGCGAAUGGGAGCUUCUGCUAUUGACCUUGGUGGUAAAAUUAUGGGUAUUAUAGUAAAUGUACCUGUCAGAAGGUUUGCUGGCCUGUGGAGGGCUAGGCAUUGGGUUGCUUUAAGAAAAAUUGAGGAGGUUUGGUAUAAUUUGGACAGUGAUUUUUCUGCUCCUUAUGCUUUUGAAGAUAUAGAAGGAGUUAGGAAUUUUUUGGAUGGAAGAAUUGCUUCUGGCGCUGAAAUUUUACUUGUUAGUGAUGAAAAACAGUGAUGAGACUUUGAAUCCUUAUAUGAAGCAUGUAUCUUUUUUGGAAAUUGUGGACUGCGAUUUCAUGUACAUUCUUCUGUAUGAGAUAGCUGAUGCUUACUUGUGUUUAGUUAGGGUUAAAAUUAUCUUGAUUCUUGAGCAA